UAUAAAAUUCCUUGAUUUCUGGGUUCUAUCCAGCAACAAUUAUUUGAUGUAAAAGUAUGGGUCAAGAAAUUAAAUAAUUGGCUCAGGGCGACCCGUAUUUCUUAUCGUCACCUUCCAACCAUGAUGACAAGAAUUUGUGUCGCUCUCUUAUUCGUUACGUGCUGUCUGUGUUCAACAAUUAGAAAAUACGAUGAAAAUCAGCAAGAACUAAGUGAUGCUGUAUCAAGUGGUUGCCACAGCGACAGAGACUGUGCCACUCACGUUUGUCCUCAAAAUCAAGGCGCCAGCUGUCAACAUUUUCACUGUAUCUGUCAUCAGUCUUCUGCACACGGAGUUUCAGUGAACCAUACAGAUCAUGGUCAUGGACACGGACAAACAACAAAUGCGACCACCAAGACGUCCACCACCGGAACAACAAUACAACUUUCUACUACACAAUCAUCAACAACUCCUCCACCACAGUCAACGAUUUCAACAUUACAGCCAACAGAUAAAGCAACAACCACAAAACAAUCAACAACAGGGACAACAAUACAACCUUCUACCACUCAGUCGUCUACCACAACACCACAGCCAGCGAAAACAUGGGCGCCCUCGACUACCCAAUCAUCCACGACAUUACCACCAUCAACAAAGUCUGAAACAAAGCCAUUACCAUCAACGACACACGCAGUGAAACCAUCAACGACAAUUCUGCCAUCUACAACGCAGGCUUCCACAACCAUACAAUCAUCAACAAUAAAGUCAACGACAGAGAUGCCAUCUACAUCACAACCUACAACAACAAUGAAGUUGACAACACAAGAAACAACUACAACAACUGUGACAUCUUCAUCAACAACAACAACUACAACUAAACCCACGACCAAACCGACAACGAUAUCUACAACAAAAGCAACUACAACUCAAUCCACAACAAUAUCUACAACAAAGGCAACUACAGCAAAACCCACUACAAUAAAGGAGACUUCUACUAGACCUUCGACAACAAACAAAGCAACCGCAUCAACACUUUUAUCAAUAACAUCAUCAACAGAAAGAUCUGAGUGCCCAUGUACAUAUUACAAUACAUUUGUAACCCUGUCAGGGAUCGGGACGAUGCAUUGUGCCAAUCCCGACAGAAGGCGCUGUAUUGAUGGCAGAUGUUAUUGUGUGGCGGAUCCAGACGCUCCAUAGUGACUUAAUUAUAAUCAAAUAUAUCAGCUGUGU